AUGAAAAACAGGAGCAAUUGGGGAUCGUCUUAUUCACACGGUGGGAGUGGAUCAAAUUAUCUCUGUUUACCAUUGAAUCCAAUAUACGAGAAAUACGCUGCUGGUGCUCAGAGUAAAGGAAUCAUUUAUGGUACAGAAUACGAGAUUACUUCUUCUGAGAAACAUAUCUUUCCAAAUACAAACUUACACGACCGAGAUGCUCCAUGUGCUGUAUGCUAUGCUAAGUCACGUGGUAGUCACAUAAUGAUUCCAGCGCGCAAUAUCUGCCCUUCAGGGUGGACUAUGGAAUACAAAGGUUAUUUAAUGGCUGCACAUUAUACUCACAAGCGAUCUGAGUACAUUUGUGUUGAUGGCAAGCCAGAAGCAAUAUUUGGAUCUCAUGAAGAUAAAAAUGGAGCAUUAUUGUAUUUUGUUGAAGGCCAUUAUGGUUCUUUACCAUGUCCACCAUAUACUCAUGGAAAGGAACUUACCUGCGUAGUCUGUACUCAGUGAUUUAUUACGUUUUAAUGCACAUAUGUACGUAUUUUUCCAUUAUCUGUAGCAACACUACUAAAACAUAAUUUUUAAUUUAUUUAAUAGUAACACAUCUGUGACGU